AGCUUAUAACAAUCCCUUAUUCCCGGGGGUGGUGGCUACUGCUUCAGGCGCAGCCAUGGGAGACAAGAAGAAGAAGAAGAGCAAAAGCAAGAGGAACCCUAACGCCGAUCAUAUCCUCGCUUCCAGGUACGUUCACGAGUGGUUCCUUGGUGGUGCUCCUGGCCCUCCUCUUUCCCACGACAGCGAUGAAUUCCUACCGCCUUUACCCCGUUACAAGGCCGCCGAACGUAUCGUUUUCGAGUUUCACUCCCACUCCAAGCAUAGUGACGGGUUUCUCUCCCCCACUGCCCUCGUUGAGCGCGCCCAUCGUAACGGGGUGAAAGUACUUGCUCUAACAGACCAUGAUACAAUGGCUGGUGUAUCUGAAGCUGUUCAAGCUGGUCAUAAAUUUGGAAUUAAGAUAAUUCCAGGUGUUGAAAUAAGUGCAAUUUUUUCUUCAAGGGAAGGUUCUGGGGCUGAGGAAUCUGUUCAUGUACUUGCAUACUAUGGAAGCUGUGGGCCUGCAAGAUAUGAGGAACUUGAGAGAGUAUUAUCUCAUAUUAGAGAUGGUCGAUAUGACCGUGCGAAGAAUAUGCUGUUGAAAUUAAGAAACUUAAAAAUGCCUAUUAAAUGGGAGAAUGUUGUGAAGAUAGCAGGCAGUGGAGUGGCUCCAGGAAGGGUUCAUGUUGCUCGGGCUAUGAUUGAAGCUGGCUAUGUAGAGAACUUAAAGCAAGCCUUCAGCAGAUAUCUGUAUAAUGAUGGACCUGCUUAUGCCAAGGGAAGCGAACCAUCAGCAGAGGUAGUGGUUCAGUUGAUUUGCCAUACUGGUGGGGUUGCAGUUUUGGCCCAUCCAUGGGCAUUGAAAGAUCCAGUUUCUGUUAUUAAGAGUUUGAAAACUGCUGGUCUUCAUGCUGUGGAGGUUUAUAGAAGUGAUGGAAAAAUGGAUGAAUUCAGCGAUUUGGCCAGUAUUCAUGACCUUGUAAAAAUUGGAGGGUCAGAUUUUCAUGGAAGAGGUGGACAUGAUGAAUCUGAUCUGGGCAGUGUUAAUCUUUCUGUUCAAACAGUUUUUCAGUUUUUGAAGCUUGCUCGGCCUAUUUGGUGCAAUGCAGCAACAGAGAUCCUGCUUAGUUUUGCUGCAGACCCAUCGGAUAUGAAUCUAGAGCACCUUACCAGAUUCAGAAAACUAAAGAUUCAGAGUGGGAUUCCAACUGAUAACAACAAUAAGGAUGUUCUAAGCAUGUGUCUAACUUUAUGGCUAACCAGUGAAGAGAGGGAAACUGCUGAGAUUGAGGCCAUCAGGCUGAAGCUUUCAGAUACACAGUGUUGUUAGCUAUGGGGACUUAUGUAUAGCAAAUGUGAUGCACAUAGGUCCACAUACCUUAGGGUUAUGAAAUUUUCAAGUUCUCAAUACACCUACCAUCAUAAUUUGUUUUCCAGACGCCCGAGUCCAUCAAUAUAACUACUCUACAGAAGAAUUGGAUGGUGUUGGAGGGAUAUUGUCUAAUAGUUUCAGCAUUUAAAUGAAGAUUUGGAGGUAUGCAAGCUUUGUGCUAGUUAUAAGGCCUUGUUCCAAAAGAGAGUUGUAAUCGUAUUUUCUCUGUAAAACAUUUGAGUUGACAAAUAACUGUUCAAUAUGCCUUAGUCACAGAAUGUAAGCUUGUUAUUUUGCAAACCCAUAUCUGUGAUGCUUUUCUUUUGAAGUCAAUAGAUACAUAUUGCUUCCAUUUAGCAUAUGGAAUUAUGGUUCUCA